AUGUCUUAUGCAUUAGCAACAGAUUUGGGAUUCAAAUAUUUUAAAGAUCCUGAGGCAAAGAUGGAGUUCGCGGAGCUGUCAUGUGUGGAGCCCUAUGGAGUUUUAGAGAAUGUUAUGCUGGAGAUAGGAGGUCGCCUAGUCCCUACUGAUUUCCAAAUCAUGGUAUGGGAAGGAUCAAAGAGGAACCAGCUGCUACUUGGAGCCCCAUUCUUAGCCACAGCCGGUGCAGUCAUAGACUUCAUGAGAAACCGCAUGUCACUAGGAAACAUCCAACAAGAUGUUUUCUAUCAAAGCAUCGACUUCAAGACUGCACCAAGAGCGAUCAAGCUGCCACCAGAGAAGACUUCUAACACGCCACAGAAAGGAGCCAUGAUGCCUAAAGAUCCCAAGAAGAGUGAGCCCUAUCCAAAACCGAAGGUGGUCAUGAAACCAUCAAUGCUGAAACAUAAAGAUGUCUUCAAGGAUAUCAACUCGGUUUUGCUCCCUACCUUGGACGAAUAUGGAGCUAAUGAGAAGCCUUAUGUAGUGCCUAAUUCCCUUACCAAGAUAAGAAUCCUUGUCUCUGAGGGUUGGGUCUCAAAAGAAGAUCAUACCGCAAAGGAGAAGCUGAGGAACACCUUAAGGCUCUUCCCAAGUGCAUUUGUCCUCAAAGGUGGCAUAGGAGAUGAUGUUGGCGUGCCCAAACCACCACGUGAGACCCCUGAACCAGAGAAUGGAGCAGCUAAAGGGAUCCUUUGCCCUUCAGCCACUCUUCACCACUUAAAGAAAGAAAAGGAGUCAAGCUAA